UUUAUUAUUUUGCUCUGAAUUUCUGAUUAGCAAAAGUAAAUUACCCACGUCACAUUGUUAUUGUAGUUAACUAAGUAAACCGGUUUUGAGUUGGUUGGCUUAUUAAUAAGAAUAAAAGUAUUAUAUAUAACUUAACAAGUGUCAAUGCAUUGCAGUUUCUCGUCGGCAAUCAAUUUGGGACGUCGCUCGCUAUUGAUAUAUAAUCGUGCAAAGAGUUUUAUUGCAAUUAAUCGAAAAUAUUAUUGUGAAAACAAUAUGACAAACGUGGAAAUCCCGGCUCGCGCGCUUCACUAUGUGCUCAAGAUUGGAAAUCGUGGAAAAAAUGCAUAUUUCUUCCGAGACAUACUGGGAAUGAAGGUGCUCCGACAUGAAGAAUUUACGGAGGGAUGUGAAGCGCAAUGUAAUGGACCUUACGAUAACCGGUGGAGCAAAACUAUGAUUGGUUAUGGACCGGAGUCGUGUCAUUUCGUAAUUGAACUCACAUACAACUAUGGUGUAAAAGAAUACGAAUUAGGUAAUGACUUUGGAGGAAUCACUAUUAAAUCUAAGGAAACGAUUGAACGUGCGAAAUCUAAAAACUACCCAAUUUCACAGGAGAAAGGUCUACAUGUAUUAACAUCACCUGAUGGUUACAAAUUCUUUAUAAUUGAAGAACCUCAACCUCAACAAAGUGAUCCUGUACUGGGAGUCACGCUACACUCAAGUAAUUUGUCAGCAUCUAAAACCUACUGGCAUGAAUUAUUAAAAAUGAAACUGAUAGAAGAAAAUUCGAAUGCAAUAACAUUAUUAUACAGUGAAAAUCAAGCUCGUUUAACUUUGCAACUUUUAACUGAUCCUAUCAAUCGAGCCAAAGCAUAUGGCCGUAUCGCAUUUGCAGUACCGUUAAAUAUUCAACCAGCAAUUGAUGCAAUUAUUCAGCAAGCGAACGGCACGAUAUUGACCCCUUUGAUUACGCUUGACACACCUGGAAAGGCAACGGUACGUGUUAUCAUUUUAGCUGAUCCCGACGGACAUGAAAUAUGUUUUGUCGAUGAGGAAGGCUUUUCUGAAUUGUCGAAGGUGGAAGUGGAUGGUGAUAGCAAUCUAACAAAAUAUAUUAACAAGGAUCCCUUUCAAGAAAAAAACUAAAUUAUUUGUUUGUAAUAUGCUCUUAGAAUUUAACGUAAUUAUACGUCUUUAUACAAAAUUUAUAUAUGUAAUAAAAUUACACAAAACUUGAAUAUACAUAGCAUCAUUUUGUAUAUAUUCCCUAUACGUAAAAUAUUUAAAUGUACUAACCUUAUUUGUAUUGCUUAGAAUAAAAUUUACUGUUUUCGAACUUCA